AUGGAAACGGAAAAGUUCGAGGAAGACUUGAAGAAGCUGACGAAUGCUGUGCCAAACGAUGCUCUAUAUCCUUGCAAUACACUUUUCUACAACGAAAUGAAGCAGGCAUUAGAUGCCCAGCUCGUAAAUAAGCCUCAUGAAUUUAAUCAUAUUGAUCCACUAGCACUGGAUAAGCACAUUAUACUGGAUAUGAUUGAAUUAACGGAAAUUUCGAAAAUGGUUUUGUGGACUAUGUACCGACAAACGCAAACUUCUUCAUCACAGGACACCCGAGUUAUUUUAUUAUGGAAGCCGACACACUUAACCCAAAUCUUCGUCAACAGCAAAUUUUAG